UGAACUUGAAGCGGAAACUGACACCGGAUUUGUUUCCGCUUGUUUUGUCUUGUGUAAGUGGCUCAUGCUGAAAAACACCUUCAAGAACUUGUGUCUUGUGUUCACAUGAAAAAUAGACAAAGAAAGUUUCUGCAGAAACUGAAUAUUAGAAGCUGACUGAGGAGGAAAUGCAGGUGCAAGAUGAUGGUGGACGUGAUGGUGAAGAUGAUGGUGGACGUGAUGUAGAACGUCAAUCUCUCAAAAAAAAAACGUCAAACCAGAAUCAACAGGUUCCUCCUGAAGAGAAACUUUGGAAAAAGAUUGUGAUGGCCAUCAUCAUUUUAGUGAUCAUCAUCAUUUUACUGGGGAUCAUCAUUGGGAUUAUUGUAAUCAUUUGUCAUAUAAAGAAAAUUUACAUCCCGAAUCACUGCUACAGCAAAUCCGCCGUCGCAGCCGAAGCAGGGAAAUGUUCUGAGAUCGGCAGGGAUAUGGUAAAGAAUCAUGGUUCUGCAGUUGAUGCUGCCAUCGCAGUGCUGUUGUGUGUGGGACUGUUUAAUGCUCACAGCAUGGGUAUCGGAGGAGGACAUUACAUCAUCAUUUAUAACAGCACAACAGGGAAGGUGGAGACGAUCAGCGCAAAGGAAAUGGCUCCCCUAAAGGCGACAUUUAACAUGUUCGGCAACAACAAACAGCUCGCUCGAAAAGGAGGUCUGGCCAUCGCGGUCCCCGGCGAGCUUCGUGGUUAUGAACUGGCACACCGGCGUCAUGGCCGCCUGCCGUGGAGGGAUCUGUUUGAGCCGAGCAUCCAGCUGGCACGUGGCGGCAUCCGAGUCAGCAAAGCUCUCGCCAAAUCCUUGCGUGAUAACCAGGAGGUCAUUGAGGCUGAUCCUGCGCUGUGUGAAGUAUUUUGUGAUUCCAACAAAACCAUCCUGAGAGAAAACGACACGGUCAGAUUCCCACAGCUAGCAGACACCUACGAGAAAAUCGCUAAGGAAGGAGCUGAUGUUUUUUAUAAUGGCUCAAUGGCUGAAACCAUAGUGAAGGACAUCCAGGCUGCAGGUGGCAUUAUAACACUUGAAGACCUGUCAGGUUACAAACCAGUGUUAAAUGAAAGCCCACUGAAGAUCAAUGUGGGAGAAUACACAAUGCACUUUCCUAAUGCUCCAUCUAGCGGUCCUGUGCUAGCGCUAAUCCUCAACAUUGUGAAAGGUUAUAAUUUCUCACCCAGCAGUGUGUCUACUCUGGAGAAGAAGACGCUCACUUAUCACCGCAUUAUUGAGGCUUUCCGCUUCGCCUACGCUAUGAGGAGCAAACUGGGAGAUCCUCAAUACCUCAACAUCACUGACCUCAUCCUCAACAUGACCUCAGAUUACUUUGCUGAAAACAUCCGCAGUAAGAUUACAGACAACACCACACAUCCUGAGACUUACUACGGACCGGAAUACUUUAACCCUGAGACUUAUGGGACGGCUCAUCUGUCUGUCAUCGCUGAGGACGGGAGCGCCGUGUCUGUGACCAGCAGCAUCAACCUUCAUUUUGGCUCUAAAGUGAUGUCGCGUUCCACUGGAAUCAUCUUUAACGAUAUUAUGGAUGACUUCAGUUCUCCGCACAUCACAAAUGCAUUCGGUGUUCCUCCUUCUCCUAAUAACUUCAUUAAACCAGGUAAAAGGCCGCUCUCGUCCAUGUGUCCGGCCAUCAUCUGUGACAAACACAACAAAGUUAAAAUGGUCAUUGGAGCUUCAGGUGGGACAAAGAUCGCCACGGCAACGGCUCUGGUGAUCCUGAACUCUCUGUUCUUUAACUACGAUCUGAAGAGAGCUGUAGAAGAACCCAGGUUCCACAACCAGCUGAGCCCCAACUACAACGAGGUGGAGCAGGACUUCGAGAAGAGUCUUAUACACGGACUGGAGCAGAGGAAUCAUACCAUAAAGUGGUUACAGGGUUCACCUUCAGUGGUCCAGGUCGUGAUGAGGCAGGACAAUUGGAUCUGUGCUGAAUCAGACCCCCGGAAAGGAGGGCAACCUGCUGGCUACUGAAACCUUUUUAACAACUAUCAGCUUUUAUCAGAAUGAAUAAAAUUCAUUAUACAGUUUUCACACACACACACACACACACAGUCUGUCUCCAUGUACUGCUUUAUUUCAGAUUAUUUGAUAGAGGACUUUUGGGUGCAGAGAUGGAAGGAGCUGCUUUUUUUAUGGAAUGAAUUAGUUCUCACCUCCUCACCUUCCUCAUGAAUGCUGUGGUUUUUAGUUUUUAGUUUCGCCCAAUUUUAAAGUUUUUGUAUUGUCUGUUGGGAAGAAGUGUUUAAGAGAAAUAAAACACAUAAAACCAAA